GUCCUCGCACCUAUGGUCGGCGCGAGUGAGCUCGCCUUCCGCCUCCUCUGUCGCCGUCACGGCGCACAGCUCUGCUACACGCCGAUGAUGCACUCGUCACGCUUUGCCUCCGACGCGGCCUACCGCGCGGCCGAGCUUUGCACGGCGCAGGGAGACGGCCCGCUGGUCGCACACUUUUGCGGCAACGACGGAGCGACGCUGCUUGCGGCGGCGCGGCUCGCGGAGCGGGCGUCCAAUGUGGUGGCUGUCGACCUCAACCUCGGCUGCCCGCAGCGGAGCGCCCACUCGGGCCACUACGGCGCCUUUCUG